AUGACGACUCCCGCCAACAGCAGGGAGACGCGGGCCACUGCGAUUUCAGAAAUUCACUGGCCCGCCGCGAGGGGGCGCUGCAGGACGCAAAGAGCGCUGCUCCCCCGCCGCGCACCAAGGCAGCAGCGAGGGGCCGCCAGGGCCUUUCCAGACGCCCAGGGUUUGGGAACCGCGUUCCUGGCGGGUUUGAGUUUCGGGGCGUCGCGCAGCCCCAGGGAAAAGUCGCUGAGGCUUAUCGCGUCACCUUUGUGCAGCUUCAACCUAAGAAAUGUGGAAGAAAUCAAAUCUAGUGAAUUAGCUCUUAAAAGGCAGAUGAAGAGAGCGCGCGACCACUGCCAACGGCGCACAAAGCUCCCUUCGCUGCUCCACACAGCCGGCAGAGGACGCCAGACCAGGGGCAAGGGACCCACCAGCGACCCUGACUCGCGGGCGCCGCUUCCGCAGGGAGACCGGCGCUCCGGGUCCGCAGAGACCAGGCCGGGUGGCGCGGGGCGUGGGUUCCGCGGGCCGCCUCCGCAGCAAGUCAAGGCCGCCUUUCACCGCUCUGACUGCAGCGCUACCGCCGCCUCCGCCGAGAUCGUUCUCUUAGGGAACAUUGCAGCGAGGCCGUUUUACCAAUGUGCCGGUGUACUGAGGGAACGAGCUGACGGUUCAAAAUCAGAUCGUGCGGUAGUCUGUGUUACAGAUUCGGGGCCGCUCCAGCAGAGAAAAACCCAGAUUCAGAGGAAGGGCCAAGUCAUGCACCAUCGGGACGGAGUCUGCAAAGCGCUGUCCACCUUUCAGUGGACAGGGGCACCCCGGGGAAAAGGAAAAUGUGUGCCCCUAUGUAGGCGAUUUUAUUAAGUUUUAAUGGUUAUUUUUUCCUACAACAAAACAGUUGAAAACUAAAAACUAUUAAAACACAUUAUUUUAAGUUUAAAUAUUGGGCCAAAACCAGACUUACUUUUUUUCGGUAAGUUUCUGAUUUUAAUGUAAGCAAACAUCAGUAUACUUUCAAAGUUACUUUUCUGCUGAUCUCCUUUUUAAUUAAGAGCAUUACCAUGUUUGGCAAUAUCUCAUGAACCAAUAACUAUCUUCAUUAAUUUCACCUUAUAGGAACGUUUUAAUCUCAUUUAUUUUAAGCAAGGGCUUUCUAUGAAGCAUUCAGCUUUACAUGCUGUAUAAUCAUGGUUUUCACUGGAGAAUUUAACGUUUUCCACUUGGUGCAAAAUGUCAUCUCACGUAGAUAAAUUGCAUAAAAAUGUGUAACCUGUUUGCAUUAAGAUGCUUUCCAUUUCAGCAUAAUGUAGGUUUGCAAUUGAUACCAUUUACUACUUAAUACGUAUCUUAUGUGCCAAUAAAUUGAUUUUGAUUUUUAUGUUCCUAGAUAUCCAUAAAUGUUUUAAAUGUAGGUGCUUAAUACAGACAUAAUUUCUCAUCUGCUAGUUGAAUUCAAAAAUGUAUAUAUACUCUUUGUACAAUACUUUUAAAAGUUUAUCUUAAUUCACAAAUGCAGAAUUUUACAUAAGAUUUUGAUCUGAGUAAGGCACAAAUGUGACAUAAUCAUUUGGUUGGGAAAUAAUGGCUUUAUCCCUUAGUUUAUACCUGCCACCAUUGCCCCAUUAUCAUAUACUUGGCUAGUGUCAUUUUUAUGUUCAGAUCAUUUUCUAGUUUAACAAUUUCACAAACUAGAUAUAUCAAAAUUUUUCUUUUAUUAAAAAAAUGCUAAUAAAGCAAUUGUUAACAUCAUUCUUGAUGUGAACAUAAUUGGCUCUAUAUAUUGUAUAAUCAAAAAAUAUUUUGU